AUACCGUCCAAACGCACGCAAGCGCAUAUAGAGAGGAUGGAGAUGGAGGGAGAGAAGGAACUAUAUAAAUUUGUUUUGGUUUUUUAUACGAUGAAGCUUGCUUAAUGGUUACCCACAUCUAGUUACAAUCGGAUAAAUCCAUCGCGUAGCAGCUUUUCAAAACAGGUUUACAUAUUUGGGGGACUACAAAGCCAGGAAUAGUGAUUCCAAAUAUAGCAUUUGAGACAACGUUUUUUUCUCAACUGUCUACCAGAAGGCAGUUGUAUGAUAACCGAUAGGCGAUUUUAAAAUGUAUAUAUUUCGCAAAUGUGAAAAACGACGUUAACAGCGUUUACGCUGCUUGACGUAAAGGAAACCAUCGAAAACCCGAGUUGUUUACAUUCUCUCGUGCAUGAAAGACUGCAGUCGUGUAUUUUUUUUUUACCUAAUUGGACAACCAGUUUCACCAGUUUUUUCCGCUAGUGUUUUUGACAAGAUUAAAUCUCUGCAUUUGUAAAGCAGUUUCUAUAACGACCAAAUAGUCUGCGUUUCGACAUGGAAUCAUUUUGAAUAUGUCGAGCAACCCGUUUUACUCGUUUUCUGCAAUUGCGCUUGGCACAAUAUAAAACUGGUGUAGGUGUAAGUUGUUCCUAAAGCGUCCAACUCCUAGCCAUGGUUGCGAAAUCACGAGGGGAUAUUUAUAUCUAUGGAUAUGGUGCUCCCCUCGAAAUGCUUGAGCUGUAACGCACGAUGACGGCAAGGUUAUUAUAGGGCGUCAUUGCCAAUGCAACAGUGUGGGCCAUAUCGACGGAGCGUUGAAGUGUCACAAAAUACUACAUUAUUUGUUCGCGAGGAAAAUAAUUGCUUAGAAACAACACUGACUGAAGGGGGAUUUGGGGCUGUGGGAGCAUGAAGACAAAUCUGACUGCUUGAGCCUCAGUAUUUUGUUACAGACCGUCAGCAUUUUGAGCCAGAGCCAGACAGGGUCAAAGAGUUGUUUACUUUCCAGAAGUAUGAUUGGUCAUCCACACCUGUUAGCUGAAGCAAGGAGUGGUCAUGGAGAUGUUUUCUCCCCUGGUUUUGUCCAUCACUGCCAUCAGCUUUGUGACAUUCCAGUGUCUGUUCCACUUUGUAAGCCCCUGGAUCUCAGCUCAGUUCUGCCCUGGGUACCACCGUCUAGGCCCCAGACACACCAUAGAAUGGAACUCCAGAACUGUGUCGACAGUACAUGCAAUGAUAGUGGGGCUUUUUUGUAUCUACAUCUUACUAUUUGAUGACGCCGUUAAUGAAGACCCUGUCUGGGGCAAUCCGUCACUGGUCAAAAAAAAUGUGGCAAUUACCUGUGGUUACCUAUUAUCAGAUAUGCUGCUCAUAUGUUUCUAUUGGCAAGCAAUAGGGGACAAGUUUUUUGUAAUCCACCACCUGGCAGCGCUGUAUGCUUACUACUAUGUGCUGAGCAUAGGAAUGUUGCCUUAUUUUGCUAACUUCCGUCUGGUCGCAGAGCUUUCCACUCCUUGUGUGAACCAGCGCUGGUUCUUUGAAGUGCUUGGUUAUCCCAAAAAAUCAUUACCAAAUAUGGUCAACGGCAUUGCCAUGACGGCUUCCUUCUUCAUGGUGAGGAUAGCAGUCAUGCCGCUGUACUACAGUAGGAUGUAUGCCGUGUACGGGACAGAGCCCUUUUACCGGGUAGCUUUUGGUGGUCGCUGUGCCUGGAUUGGUCCCAGCUUCUGUCUAGACAUCAUGAACAUCAUGUGGAUGCAUAAAAUGGCCCGUGGCUGUAUUAGUGUGCUGCGUUCUCCAGGAAAAGUGAAAGUGGGAAUGCUACAGAAUGGGAAAGUGCAUUGAUGUGUUGAAAAAGGCAAUGAUGGCGUUAUGUCUGAGUCAAAUAGUUCAUCAACAUGUUUGUAUCAAACGGUACGUGGACUGGAAAUACUGUAUCUUUGAAAGUCUUUAUUGUCCUGUGACGAGCUUGAGGUAAAUUGUGUACAGUACCACUACACUUAUUUGCCCUGAACACCGCAAUUGAAAUAAGCACCACAUUCUCCACUAUGAUGGAAGGGAACAUUGUAAAAGCUGUUGGAACUGGGUGGACUCUUGGGCCCUAUAGGGAAGACAACUGGGCUGUGAGACUUCAUGGCUACACACAUACAGACAAGUGUUAAAGCACCGCACCUCUUUUCCUUGUACCUUGGUUUGUAUAUUAUAUGUCCACCCAAUUGUGUAUAUUGCCAAAAAACUUAGAAGAUAAUUUUUCCUAACAUUUAAGAAGCUGCAAAAAUGUGUCUCAAAUAUCAUGAUGUGUACAAAAAAGAACAUUAUUACUUGAAAUCUGUGUUUUCACCAGCAUAGGAUGUAAUAGACAUGUUGUCAGACUCAUACUGAAGUCUCUGCUCAGGAGGCUGCUCAUGUUUGUAACAUACAAUAGAGCCAGGAUACUUGUCAUACACAACAGGUAUUAGGGUUGGAAAUGACAAACCAUAGCAAUCAAAUGGCAGAAUUUAUUUUAAUUUCAUCACUAGAAGUGACCUUACAGUGUGACUUACGAAAGCAGCAAUAAAAGUGCAAUUAUGUACAACUUCACACAACCAACUUCACACAGUUUACAAAUUAAAUAUUAAACUUCAAUGUAAAUUUUUAUAAUAUAAUGUGUAAAAUGUACUUGGAGUUUGUCCUUGGAGAUUCCCAUUGGAACUGUAGGAUGAGGAUGAUGCUAUUUAUUGUGACAUUUUGUUACAGCCAUUAUAGUUUUCAUUUUUAAUUAAAAGAUGCAUUUUAAUAACAUGAA